AUUCCGAGGUCCCAAAAGUGAGAGAUGAUUUUCAAGGUGAGUCUGAUCUUGGCUAUUGCCUCGGUGGCGCUGUCUCAGGAUUACCAGGACGAGCAGGACGGCAGUUACUCGCAGAGUUUCACGACGUCGUCGAGAAAUCGGCAGGAUAGAGUCCGAACGACUCUUCAGCGAUUGUCCAAUGCGGAUCAACAGGUGCAAUACGAGCAGAGACCUUACGAAUAUGGCUAUCAAUUAGACGAUACCAACGGCUCCCACGGGCACGUUGAGAAACGAGAUGAGUCCGGACGCGUUGAAGGCGAGUACUCGAUCAACUUGGGCGACGGUCGAGUGAGAGUGGUGAAAUACGUCGCGGACGAAAACGGCUACCGAGCUGAUGUCUCAACCGAUGAACUUGGCACUGAAUCCAAGAACCCGAACGACGUCUACAUCGGCUCCACGGCGAUUUCGGGCUUCGACGCGGCCUUGAAAUAUGGACCGUUCGCCCCGCCCCACAUAGAGAAGCCUUUAGAGGUUGCACCACGACCAGAAGCGCCACGACGUGAAGAAGUCCGUGCCCUCAAUACUCAGGUCAAUUUGCCAACAUACGGAACCUUCGCGGCCCAGGGAUGACUUGAUGGCUUCUCAGCUGAUAGAAUUCGCAAAGAAGAAAAGGUCCCCGAGCGGAUUCGCAGAGUACAUGGCAGAAUGCGAAACAUCUGUUCCUAAUACAUACAUCUAUUCAUAUUCAGAACCAUAAUAAAAGUCUCUGAUUACUUCCAU